CUUUUCUCAACCAUCUAUCUUGGUGGAAACGCGAUUCAAUGGAAAAACAUUACGCAGAGCGAAAAGAAAAAACUUUCAGUCAAUCGUGGAUCCGUGCGUAGUGCUAGAGUCGUAAUUCGUCGCGAAAACUGCCUGAGAAGUGAUGGAAAUGCGAUAGUGACUAGCAGUUUCAUAUUUCUCGGUAUCACUCGCAUAGGAGUGACCUGACGCAAAAAUACACGAGAGGGAGGUGGCAGAGCACCAGUACAGCUGAAAAGUAAUUAGCUUUCUAAUCAAAAUCAAUUUCGAUUCGGACAAACUGUGUAAAGGAGUGUUUGUGGUGACAAUCGUUGCUCGAAGUGUAGCGAUAUUUUGGGUUCGUGGCUUAAACAGAGCACUGCCAUUCAGCUGCUAGACACGAAAAAAUGUCGAAUAAAAUUAAUAAUCCGAAAAGACGAGAGGUCACAGGUUCGUCGUCUUCUAAUUCUUCUAUAUCAUCGGUAGGCGCAGGGGAUAAUGGAAUUUCAGCAGAUUUGGCAUCGUUAUUCGAGUGUCCGGUGUGUUUCGAUUAUGUGCUGCCACCGAUAUUGCAGUGCCAAAGCGGCCAUUUGGUGUGUACAAGCUGUCGUUCAAAAUUAACCUGCUGCCCCACAUGCCGCGGCUCUCUGGGAAACAUUCGAAAUCUGGCAAUGGAGAAGGUUGCCUCAAAUGUAAAAUUUCCUUGUAAACAUUCAAACCAUGGCUGUACCGUCUCACUAGUUUACACUGAGAAGGCCGAACAUGAGGAAGCUUGCGAGUUCCGACCCUAUCUCUGCCCCUGUCCGGGCGCCUCGUGUAAAUGGCAAGGAUCGUUAGACUACGUAAUGCCCCAUCUGAUGAUGUCCCACAAAAGCAUUACCACACUACAGGGCGAGGACAUUGUGUUUCUCGCAACGGACAUCAAUCUCCCCGGUGCCGUCGAUUGGGUCAUGAUGCAGUCUUGUUUCGGGCACCACUUUAUGCUGGUGCUUGAAAAACAAGAAAAAUAUGACGGCCAUCAGCAAUUCUAUGCGAUCGUUCAACUAAUUGGAUCUCGAAAGGAAGCGGAGAAUUUUGCCUACCGAUUGGAGUUGAAUGGAAACCGCCGCCGGUUAACCUGGGAAGCAAUGCCGAGAUCUAUUCAUGAAGGAGUGGCCAGCGCGAUCCUCAACUCAGACUGUCUUGUGUUUGAUACCUCAAUUGCGCAGCUUUUCGCCGACAAUGGGAACCUUGGCAUCAACGUGACUAUAUCGGUUGUUUAGAGAGGAACAUUUCGUUGACAUUUCAUUACUUUAAAAUGCAUUAAAUUAAUUAAACAUCACAUACAUAAUAGCAUAUGCAUUUGGUAGCAAAAAAAAGUAACACUCAUUCAUAAAACAAUCGACAAGCGUAAAUUGAUGGGGUACGAUACUCUAUGAUUGUAAUCGAUAAUACAAGCAAACUGAAUUGGCAGAGUGGAUGGAUUGAAAUGACAUUAAAAAUACAAUCAACCGGUUUGAAUUGGUAGGACUUCCAUCUCGGAAUAGCAGAUAGAAACUUGCCUCCUCUUGCGCGAGUGAGCGCGAUUUACGACGAUUUGUCCCACAUUUAGUUGAUAGUGUCAGGAUGUAAAAAUUUGAGUCAAUAAACCGAUUUUAUUGAAAGCAUAAAAA